AUCUCAGUCAUGACACUGAUGCCGAGGAAAUAAAAGCAGUGCUGCUGUGACCUAAUGACAAAACAAAGGCUCUGACACAUUUUACCACUUGCUUAAAAACUACAUUUAUUAAUAACCUUUGUUUGUGUUGUGAUUAGAACCAUAACAAGCAUCAGCAAUAUAACAGAAUAUAUAUAUAGAAAGAUAUGAAGCACGUCACGGGAGAGCACGCGCGUCACUCGCGGGACGGCCUUGACGUGACGGCCGGCGCUGACGUCGCGGGAGCGCGCACGGGAGAUAAGUGACGUUUAAAAGCGGAACGAACGGAAGGAACGGAGUCAGCGCGCGCAUCCAGAGCAGGAAGUUGAUGUUAUUCUGUGAUCUGAUUGGAUGGGUCUCACACUGUGCUGCCUGCUGAAGGAUGCUGGUCUGAAAACACACCGGAAAUCCCGAUCGGCAUUCUGUCCGUUUUCUGUCGCCCCGCCCAUUCGCCUAGCGGUGCUUUUAGACACGCCCCCCGUCACCCCUGGAAACCCACGGUCGCAGUGGAGCUCCACCUACCUGUCGCCCAAUCUGAGGGUGUGUCCGUCGGGUGGGCGUGUCUCUCGCGCCCGUGUGGAGCAGAGCAGCGAUGCGGUUCGCUGUGCGGUUGGCACGGCAACCGGACUCCAUAUAUGGGAGGUGCUGUGGAAGAAGCAGCAGAGAGGAAGCCACGCCCUACUGGGUGUGUCCACGCACAAGUGCGCCCUUCAGGCCUCGGGCUACAAGGCGUUGAUAGGCGGAGACUCGGGUUCCUGGGGCUGGGAGCUCUCGACCAAUCAGCUCUGGCACGGUGGGACGGAAGCGGGGCGGUACCCGGGGGGCGGAGCCGGGGGAAUGUUAAGCGUUCCAGACUGUGUGUUAUUAGUGCUGGACGCAGACGCGGGGACGCUGGGAUACGUAGUGGACGGCUGCUAUCUGGGCGUGGCCUUCCAGAACCUCCCCAAAGGGGCGGAGCUCUUCCCUGCGGUGAGCUGUGUUUGGGGCGGAGCUCAGAUCUGCAUACGCUACCUGAGUGGCACGACACGAGACCCACCUGCUCUGGAGGCCCUGAGCCGGCUCUCAGUGCGGCGGGCCCUCGGAGGGACCGGGCCCCGGACGCUGUCCUUCCCGCCUGCCGUCCAGCGCCUCCUGCUGGACACACACACACACACACACACACACCGCCGUGUCUGGAGCGUGAAUCAGAAUCACUUACGUAAAAGAAUCAUCUAAAUAUUUCAUCUUCAUUUAAUUUAUUCUGAAACCAUUUCUUUUUGUUUUUCUUUUCCUGUAUCUAUGUAUAUAUAGAGUUCAUUUCUACAGAUAAUUCUGUUUUUUCUUUGUGCAUUCUAAUUAUUCCCAAUCAAACAGAAACUGCAGUUGAUUUACUUUAAUUUAUAUUAUAUUACAAUAACUAAAAUACAACUAAAAACUAUUUUUUUAACUGUUAUGGAUAUAUGUAUAGAGAUAUAUCUAGCUAAUAUUAUUUAUAUCUCAAUUCAGUAAUUUACCAGAAGCUUUUACCCAAAAAAAACAUUUUUGUGUUUAUCUCUGAGAAGCUGGAAAUAAUGAGUCCUGUAUAAAAGCUCUAUUAUAAUAAAAAUGACUUGAAAGUAAUGUGAGUUAUUAUUAAAGCUUUGCUGUUAUAAUUGUCCGUCUGGAGAAUCACAUGACGCUG